AUGAAUUUAAUAACACAUGUUGUUGAAGGUGUCAAGAAGCCAAAUCUUGUUAUGAAAAUGACUUCAAUGAACUCAUUAAGGCAAGGUGUAGAUAUUAUUUAUCUCAGAUGUUUAGCAUCAUUGAGAGAUGAAGAAAUCAAUAUUGAAAAGGAUAAAUCCACGGAGGAAGGAAAUACUGAUGGUAACCUUGAAGUAAAUA